GGAACGCUGGCCAGCGACUGGGGUGAAUAUUGAUUGCGCGUGCGCACAGCCAUCUUUCGACUGGCCGAACAAAUCUGGACACACUCGGAGACGACGCAGAGUCUGUCCAUUUCCAGCAGGAGCAGGAGUCAUGGGAACAGUGUUCCUGCCGCAGAGCACGGCUCACUCAGUGCUGAAGAGGUUGCGCCGGGCCAACUACCUCCUGGAGGAGGUGAAGCAGGGCAACAUCCAGAGGGAGUGCCGGGAGGAGAUCUGCAGCUAUGAGGAGGCGCGGGAGGCUUUCGAGAACGACGAGAAAACGAGGCGAUUCUGGGAGGAGUACGUGCGUGAAAGCAACCCAAACAAAGGCCUGGAGUCGAUGGUGGGCAGCGCGCAGUCGCUGUACCUGAUCCUCCCCCUGCUGUUGGUGCUCCUACUCAUCAUGGCCGUCACCAUCACCGUGUGGAGGUGCCAGUCGCGGAAGCGCUCGCAGCGGAGUCCGUCGGCGGGCCGCUCCCACAGGGAUCCCACACUCUCCGUGGUGUCCAUGGACCAGUGGGGGCAGGAGUUCCACUCGGACAUGAGCCCGCGCUCCGAGCUGAGCUUCCGAGGCGGCGACCCAGCGUCUGGGCGCACCAGCGCCGGGGAUCCGCCGCCCUCCUACGACGAGGCGGUGGGCCACGCUGACGUGCACAUCGAGACGGAACCACCACCGCAGUACGACGACAUAGUGAACAACAGCUCCUCAAACAUGAUCAUCGGCCAGGGGAAGUAGCAACAGUAACCCGUUAGCAUAGCGUCUGUCAUAACCAGAGCUUUCUUCACCAGCCCCCCCCCCCCUAAAUUUCAGUCCCACUCCAUUCCCCACAUACUCAUAACCACACUUACUGAAUCUCUUCCACGCCUGGAGACGACCAUAGGAAACUACAUUGGCUCAAAUGUAGAGGUGAGAACCAUUACAUGGUUAAUUGAUUUUGAAAUUUAGAAAUGAAUGAUGCAUCUCUUGAAGGCGGAACGUACAACAAACAACAUGGCGCAUUGGCACUGCUGUCAGAUUGGGGGGCGGGCUGUAAAAGGAAAGUAUCGGGGGGGGGGGGGGGGGGGGUGUAUUGUUGUCGGCACCAGAUUUUACUGCCACUCAUAAUUUCAACAAGUUGUCUCCAGACGUUUACUCUCAUCACAAAGUCACAACAUCAUAAUGUCUGAUCCUAGCAGACUAAUCCCAGCGUAACACAGGAGAUCCAAUCAGGGAGGUGAAUUAAUGAACCUUGUUCCUAAUCCUGACUGAUUUCUGUCCUCGGGAUUUACAUUCAGGAAUGCGGGGGUGGUUAAGUGAGUAACGCCUGUUACGCUAAUCACUAAAGCAAUAACAAAACUAGAUGGAACCGCACGCCUGGAGUGUGCCUCGCUAACGCGGGUGAACCUAACCACACGCCUGGUGUGUGCCUCGCUAACGCGGGUGAACCUAACCACACGCCUGGAGUGUGCCUCGCUAACGCGGGUGAACCAACAAUAGCAGUGGUGACACUGAUCUAGUCAUAUUUUACUUUUCUGUCUCCCUCUCCCUGUGUGUGUGUGUGUGUGUGUGUGUGUGUGUGUGUGUGUGUGUGUGUGUGUGUGUGUGUGCUUUGAAAAAAUUCAUAGGAAUCGAUCACCUUGACCUUGACUUGACAGAGAAACUAAAUACAUUGUGUAUAGUAAGAGGGAAUUGUGCAACUAAAUAUAGAAAUAGAAAGGUUGAAAAUGAUUCUGCUUUGCACUGAUUGUCUUCAACAGCUCUCUGAAACAAGUGAGCUAAUGCAGUAACUCUCCUAAUGGCUACACAGUCCUUUACAGUCAGAGUAUUUUGGACUUUGAUGUUAGGGGUCCAACGUGUAGAUAUAGAGAUGAUGUCUAAAUAGAAUGUACUGCAAGGUGUAAUAUGAGUUGAUGAGUGAUUUCCGUACUGGGACCACCUUGCUCUCAUGCCAGAGGGUUUAAAUAUUCUACCUGCAUUGCACUGGAGACAUGGCUGUGUGUUUGAACAGUAUUACUUCCUCAUUGCCCUGUAACCUGUGUAUUUCACUAAUAUUUCAGAGUUGCCUUGUAACUUUGUUAGUUCCCUUAUCGAGUUACUGACUGUUGGUGUCUGUUUGGAUAUAACCUUGAUUCAUCAAAUCCUUUUUCUGUUACAAUCGAUUGAUUGAUGUGCUGAAAUCUAUCCAUGACAUGUCAAGAUGUUUGGUGUGCCAGUCCUCCUAUAGUUGUGUUUUGCCAAGAUGAUUGUUGUGAUUUGUUAUCCUCUUAUCACUUGGAUGUCCAUCACUUAGAAUGAGGGGCAACAUCUGAACUCUCAACUUUGUCAUAGGAUGAUAUAAGAUUUCACCAGGGAGGAUUGAGCAGCCAAGGUAUAUUACUAUGAGAUGACUCAUAUAAGAGGAGAACCGUUGAAAGGGUCAUAGUUGCAGUGUCAUGAUUAACUUCCUAAAUGAAGGAACAAAUGUGUAUGUGUGUAUUUGAGCGUGUAAUCAUAUUGGACAUGAUUUAAACCUAUGUUGUGGAUAGCUAGCGUGUGAAAGCACUUUUUUUUGAGAGCUCGAAUAGGACAUACUGUCUACUCUGGCUGAAAGACUGAGGCUCCUUGAGUUCAUCUAUAUGCAAUAACGAACACUAACUCAGAUUACAACUCUAAGUAAGCCAAAUCGAGAGUCGCUCAGACGAAAACUGUUCUAAAGUUUCAAAUGGACUAUUUUGUUGUGAUUAUGGGAGGUCAUGUCGGCUGAGGUGUCAGUUUCAGGUUCAGAAAGUAACAUUCCUUUCGCUUUCAACAGCCCAAAACUGCUAAUAAAAGCAAAUGUUGAUCAAGGAGCCGUUGUUUAAAACGUGUACUUGAAAACUAUGCAUAUACAUAAUUAAUAUGAAUGCUAGGCUUCCAUACAAGGCUAUAUUUACAUCCUUGGAAUCACACUGUGAUUUGUUUGGUAUGCAUUCUGGAUUAAACUCAAGUAUAUGUUCGAAAAGGUGGGCUGAGGUGGCGUGAAAGUGAUCUCCCUAUUUGUGCACGUGGAGCCGAACCAUAGCCAUACUUUCUGAACUUGAGGAACCGCACCUCUGAGUGUAAGGCCGUAGCUAUGGACUGCACUCAGGUAGCAGCCAGGUCUGGACACAUCCGCCACACCUCUGAAUGUGUGGCCGUAGCUAUGGAGACAGCAGCCAGGUCUGGCCCAUCCACCCCAGAGUUGUCCCCUAUCAGGGCUGCCAUUUUAAAGUUUCAUCUUGAACCAUGAGCUGUUAUGGUGGAGCUAACGUGCUCUUCAGGUGGAGUAGCCAUUUUGGGUGUAUAGUAUGAUGUAACCCUUUACACCUUUUUUUGCUAUGCCUUUUUGAGCUAUAAUUAAUUGUGUAUAAAAAUGUUUGACAUUUUUUGUUUGGAGAUGAAAAGAGCUUGAGUUGUGUUUGUAAUAAAAGUUUUCCAAAGUGACAA